AUCUCAAAAGCAACCACUUUUGAACUCUGAGGUUCCUCCUCAGACCUGCUUAAUUAACCAUAGGCAGCCACUUGAUCAAAAUGCAGGUCAUAUGGCUCAACCUUUGUCAACUUUUGCAUCAGCUAGGUCUCUUCCUUGUGAAGCAUCUCAAGUAGAAAACUGGAGAAAUAGAUCGAACAUUUCUGGACAAGAAAUCAAAGGAGCCUCAUGUUCUCUUUGACUUUCCUUAUGUCGGAAAUCAUUUUCAGGAAGAGAAGCAGCUGCAAGAGCAAGAAGAAGAUGUAUCUUGUUCCAGUUAUCAUGAAGUAACGGAUAAAACUGGUGAUGUUUCCCUUGGUAGCCAAGCUGAUUUAAGCACACUUGUUAAGAAUGAUAUGCUCCUUAGGCAGCCACCUAUAAAUCAUAACGGAGAUGCAGUUGAUCAGUCUGUUGAGACGCCAUUUCCUAUUCCAGCUGAUAGAGUUUCACCUUGCUUAUCCACCAAAGAUGGAUCUUAGGAAGGCAAUAAAUGCUGGGGGUUUUCAUGUUAAAAGUUCUGAUCUUCAACUCCCUGUUAAGGAGACGAGAUAAGGCCCUCAACAUCCUUUUACUGGCAGGUCUCAGCAAGUUGGCUUCUCAAAAAUGUUGCACGAUGUGUCACCAAAUUUAUCAGUUCGACAUUGCUUAGCUGGUCUGCAGCUUCACAGUGUUGCUCCAAGCAUACUUCAGACAAUAAUAAAUCAUGGUAAGAAUACAAGUUUGUUGGACCUGCAAAAUACAGAUGGUUGAGGUAAAAAUCAGGAAGAAAGUGCUCUGUCUGAAGUAGGUCUGAAUUCCAUUUCACGGGACGGAGAUCAUUAAGUUGUAGCCAAUUUCUUAAAACCAAAGCAAGCUGAGUAUGCUAACAAUGCUCUCUUCGAUGAGGAAGAACCACUAAAAAGUAAUCUGUUUGAUGGAGAUUCUAAUGUCUACAUUCCAUAUUUGGUCCAACACCAACAGGAUGUUGACAAGAGCAAAGGUAAUGGUUCAGGAUUUCACCCUCAGGCAGUACAUGCUCCAAUUAGAAAUAUUACUUCUUCUAGAAGUGAUGCUUGUUUCUCUGGAAGCACUUUAGUACCUACAGAAUCUCAAAAGAGAAAUUACUCCCUACUGCAACAAAUGCAAUCCAUGAAGGAUGCUGAUUCCAAUUCGAACAUGACCUAAGGACACAGGCUUAAAGGAGCUGACUUUAAAUCUAAUGCUUAUCAAAUGGAGCAUAAUGUAAGUCAGAGAUUUUCUUCUAGGCAGAAUACACUCUUCAAGGAUCCUGCAGAAGGGAAACUUGUUGCAAGUUCACAGAGUUCAUUUCCAUCAGAUGUCAAAAUGUUAUGCUUUUCUUCAAAGAAGAAUGAGAGAGAUUCAAAAAUAACAUCUAUUGCAGAAGAUCAUGAUCUUCAAAAUCAAAUGCACUCUCAGCACUCCAAGAUUCUCAGAUGACCUCUUCUUUAUUAGAAAUGCAUAAAACCUAUGAAACCAACAAGGGAAUGGCUAAACAUGAUGGACAGAGUCCCAAAUCUGCCACUCAAUUUCACUUUUUUGCAGAAGUUCCUCAGAGCACAGAAAAUAGUUCUAUACUAGAACAUAUAGUUGAUAACAGCAAAGUUGGUACCAUUGGGCAAAGUACAUUGGCCAGAACUAUAGCUACCAAUGAAUCAUCUGCCCUUGCGCUGCCUCCCAUUGUCAUGGAUCAUGGUGUUGUUCAAAUGUCAAAAAAGCGCAAGAGUGCAGCCUCAGAGCUACGUCCAUGGCAUGAGAUCUCACAAGGUUUACAAAGGUUGGUGAUGAAGCUGAAGUUAUUAAUGGACCAUCAAUGCUUUCAUCACGAAGAAGGCUAACUCUGACAACUCAGAUGAUCCAACAACUCUUACCAGCUUUACCAGCUACAAUGCUUAAUGUGGAUGCAACUUCAGCUUAUGAACAAGUGACCUACUCUGUUGCUAAAUCAGCUCUUUCUGAUUCAUGCAACAAGAUCUAUUCAUCAGAAAGAGAUUCUUGUUUAAUUGAUGGUGAUCUAUAACCAGAAUGUUUAAGUCUUCUCUGGUGGCGGACUGUAUUUUCUCAAAUAUUGUGGAAGAAUUUAGUGGAAGGUCCAACAGGCUUGAAAGCAUGUUCUCAAGGUCUCUGCAAGGGCUCAUCUUAAGUUGUUCAAAGUAGCAGAUUUCGCAUAAAGAAUUGUUUGCUCCAGUGACUCAACAGAUGACUGAUAACAAUGGGGUACAAUAUCCUUAACACACUAAUUUCUCCUCAAGCUCAAGCUGAUAGGGUUUGGACUACUGGAGAUGAAGUGAACUGCAUGAUUGUGCAAAAAGAUAUAUGCAGUGCUCUGGCCAACUUAUGAGCAGAAGAUUACAAAGAUGACAUUGCUGGAGCAACUGUCGAUUCUGGGUUCUGAUGGCCAACCACAACUGACACGUUGCUCACAUCACACUGACGACUCAACAAGUGCAGAACAAGAUAAGUUAUACGUGUCUGGAGGAGCUGCUGCAUGUUCCAAAUUCUGAUGCACAACCCAUGGCAGAAAAGCACUGUUCAUUCUCCCAAGGUCACAUGCUACAACCCAAAAGUAAAAAGAGGCUCGACGACGGAGGACACAGACACAGUGUGGUGGCAUUAACAGUAAACAAUCGUGUGGGCGAAGAAAUAAAUCCAUCUGAUGAUAUGUAAGCAGCAGCACUCACCCAAGCAUGAUUCUUGUUCGCAUCCAUUGACACCCCUCACAAGCCAACCUAAUAAGCUUGCUGGGUUGCUGCAAAUCCUCUCUCUCUCUCUCUCUCUCUCUCUCUGUGUGUGUGCUGCUGCUGCUGCUGCUGCUGCUGCUGCUGUAGAAAUGGCUACUUUCCUGCUCCUCGUGCUCGCCGUCGCCAUGUCUAGUGGUUCAGAUGCUGCUUGGUGUGUGUGCCGAUCUGAUAUGAGCAACACUGCUCUGCAAAAGGCACUGGACUAUGCUUGUGGAGCUGGGGCUGACUGCACUCCUAUCAUUCAGAAUGGGGCAUGCUACAACCCCAACACAGUGCUCGCCCACUGCUCUUACGCUGCCAAUAGCUAUUACCAGAGGAAGGGUCAGGCCCAAGGAGCCUGUGACUUUGCAGGCACUGCCUCUCUUACAUCAACAGAUCCAGGGGGGAAUGGUUGCACAUACCCUGCGACUUCCAGUGUUGCAGGAACUUCCGGCACUCCAACAACCACCACCCCAACGAGCAGCACCCCCGCAAUCGGCACUCCGACAAGCACAAGCACCACUCCCCCAACCACGACGACGACUCCUACAACCUUCAGCCCUCCAACCACAGGCGCCACCCCCACGGGGACCGGAGGGGUGCUGGGAGGACUGGGCCCCACUGGUACAACCAGUAGCAUUGAUGGUAGUGAUGGGGGCUUGCUCCCAGGGGCUGAGGUGGCCUCACUCCUAUCAACUCUCUUUCUCUCGUCCGUGUUCCUGUUGAGGUUAUGAGUUCACACUUGUAGUAGGCUGUCUGAAAUCACAUCUUUCGAGGAAUUGAAAGCAUAUCGAUGAGCAGAUGAGGGUCCACAAGUCAUGUGAUGAACAUAGGUGGCCAACGAGGGAUCCAUCUACAGACGUUCCCCCCACCAGUGUUUUGUUGUUUAGUGGCAACAAAAGUGGGGCUUUGAUUCCCUCUUUUAUGCUCUUUUUCUUUUCAUGGAACUUGUCCUUCUCUCUCUCUCUCUUAAGUGAUCCAGGGAGGCAAUGAUUCAUUGUAUCAUAUGGGUUGAUGAGGCUGCCAUACCUCCCUUUUAGCUUAAUGUCUAAUCUAUAUGGGUUGUAUCUA